AUGUCCUAAAUACCAUUAUCUAAAUAUCAUUUGCUUACUAAAAUUGGUUAAGGACUUUAUGGAGACGUUUAUAAAGCCAAUAUAUUAGGAACUGAUUAAUAUGUUGCAGUAAAGAAAAUACGCAUAUAUGUAAGUUGAUAUAAAUUUAUAAAAGGAUGUUUCUGUUGGAGUACCAAUAACAGCUUUAAGAGAAACAUCACUCUUACAACGUAUUUAACAUUAAAAUGUUGUAAAGUAAUUCAAAUUUACAAUAUUGAUUAGAAUACUUGAAGUUGAAAAAAUACAUGGUUAAAUAAGAGUAGUUAUGGAGUACUUAAAAUUAGAUUUAUAAUAAUACUUGAAUGAAAAUAAAGACAGAUUAAGUGUAGAAUUGCUUAAAGUAAUACUUUUACUAUAAUAGAAAUUCAUGCAUGAUAUUUUAUCAGGAGUUGGGGCAUGUCAUAGAUUAAAUUGUAUACAUAGAGAUAUAUAACCAAAAAAUAUACUUAUUUAAGAUGAUGGUAUAAUAUUAUCAAAUCAUAAAAUAAGGAACUCUAAAGAUCGGAGACUUUGGAAGUGCUAGAGUAUUUCAAAAGUUUCCAUAGUUUUUCACUUCAGAUGUUUGUGAUUUAUGGUAUCGAGCUCCAGAAUUAUUACUGGGAUCAAAUUAUUACACAAUAGCUAUAGAUAUGUGGGCUAUAGGAUGUGUAUUUGCUGAACUUAUACUUAAAUAACCUUUGUUUUAAGGUGAAAAUGAAAUUCAUUAAGUCAAAUUGAUCAUUCCUAAUGUAUAAUCAUUUUAGACUGUUGUAAUUAUCAUAUCUUUAUUUAGAAUCUAAAUGAUCCUAAUCUAUAAAUAUAAUUUAAUGGUAUCAUUACUAAUAAACUCUAAAACCUAAUUAAUUAAGAUGGAUUAGAUCUUAUAUUAAAAUUGCUGAAAUUAGAUCCAGAAUAAAGAAUAUCCUGUUCUUAAAGUCUUUAGCAUGUAAUUGUUUUAUUUUUACUCUUAGUCCUUCUUUAGAUGA